ACUCACGGUCCACGUCGUCAUUUCCGAGGUAAUACGGCAGGGUCCGCUCGAUUUACCUCCCGGCUCCGCCAGCUACCGUUUGAGUUGUUUGAAGGGGCAGUCAUGUUAUCUCCUUUCUACUUUAGGCUCCACUUUAGAACAAACUCAAACCUAUGUCUGAAAAGCGGUAGCGCUGCGAGGGAUUAAACAGAAAGGGGGACGCAGGGUUCAAUAGAGGGGAACGAAGCAGCACAUUACUCCAAAAUGGCAACCCCCUAUGUCACAGAUGAAUCUGGAAAAUACAUUGCUGCUACCCAGCGUCCUGAUGGGACAUGGCGGAAGCCAAGACGGGUCAAAGAUGGUUACGUUCCCCAGGAGGAGGUCCCCGUGUAUGAAAACAAGUAUGUCAAGUUUUUUAAGAGCAAACCAGACCUGCCUCCAGGACUCAGUUCCUCUGAAGCGGCUCAGCCAAAGCAGCAGCAGCAGCAGCAGCAGAAGAAGACAUCCGGCAGUGGAGAAAGUGAAGCAGCAGGUCUGUCCAAGUCUGCCAAGCGCAACAUGAAGCGCAAAGAAAAGCGAAAACAGCAGCAGCAGCACCAGGACCAGGACGAUGAUGUGGAGGUAGAAGCUGUGAGCAACGCUGUGGAAAAUGUCUCCAUUUCUGACAGAGACAAGCCUUCAAGCAAGGCAGAGGAAGCGGCCCCUGCUCCGUCUCUACACGACCCCCCAGAAGCAGCAGCUGAGAGGGCCAAGAAGAUUAAAAACCUGAAAAAGAAGCUGCGACAAGUCGAGGAGUUGCAGCAAAAAGUGGACUCCGGGGAAAUAAAGCAGCCAACAAAGGAUCAGCUGGAAAAGCUGGGCCGGGCGGAGGCAUUACGAGAGGAGCUCGAGCAACUGGAGAGUGACUCUUAAAGCAAUAAAGGACGAGUCGGAAUGAGCAGAAAAACUUCAACCGAAAGAGGGACCUUUGCUUCAUAGCUAACAUACCUCCACACCUCUCAGCAUUCAUGAAGACUGGACCCAAACAUCCCAGAACAUCUUUGUGAGGCUUCACAACUCAACAUUAGGGGGAAAAAAAUCGUUUUUUUAGGACGUCCGAGAAGUAUUGUGAUCUCUGCAGCUGCAUCGGCCUGGCUCAUCUUUUAUAAAUACAUUUUAAAUUGUAAUUAGUUUUGUGCUCGUUCCCAUUUUGUACCUCUCGUUUAAUCCACACAAAUGAAAUAAAUACAAUUCUGUUUCAGAGAAACCGGCUUAUUUUACCCAUUUGUUUUAGAAAUGUAUAUUUUUGUUAAUAAUUUCAAUUCAUAUCCUAAUAAAACCUGCUCCACAA